AUGGCGCCGCGGAUGAGUACGGCCGAUGUCCUGCACGCGCUCCGCUCCGGCGCCCGGUUCACUCCGUCGCAUGAGGAGGCGAUCAGCGUCUACCUCCGGCGCCAUCUCCUCGGCGAGCUGCUCCCGGACACGGCCGCGGUCAUCUCCGAGGUGGAAGUGUACGAUUUCGAGCCCAAGGAUCUGGCGGAGAGGUACACCCGGCUUCCCAGGACCCACAACCGCUUCUUCUUCACCACCGUCAAGCGGCAGAAGGCCGGGGAUGGGUUCAGGAUGUCGCGCGCCGCCGGCCCCGGCAGCUGGGUCGGCACCGAGAAGAAGGACGUCAAGAACCGCGCCGGCCAGACCAUCGGCUCCCACGAGACCCUUAAGUACAUGUACAAGGACAAGAGGCGCAAGACGGAUUGGAGGAUGGAUGAGUACCGCUGCUCCGGCCUGGACCACUUGGCCGUCAACGGCAAGGGGAGGGAGCGCGUCUUCUGCAGGCUCUACGUCCCUCUCAAUUCCAAGAACCCCGUCACGCUCCAGGAAUCUUUAGCAGGGGAUGAUCUUCCUCUUCAACCUGACGACACUGCCAUGGCCGCCGCGGCCGCCGACCAGCACCAACAAGAAGCCGCCAAUGUCAUGCCCGUUCAGCAUCAGCACCAGCAGCAGCUGCCGCGUCGACAAGGAACGGCCAAUGCCAUGACCGUGCAGCACCAGCACCAGCAGCUGCGUCGACAAGUACCCGCCAAUGCCAUGGCCGUGCAGCAGCAGCAGCAGCUACGUCGACAAGAAUUCGCCAAUGCCAUGGCCGUUCAGCAGCAGGAGCUGUUGCGUCGACAAGGACCCGCCAAUGCCAUGGCCGUGCAGCAGCAGCAGCUACGUCGACAAGAAUUCGCCAAUGCCAUGGCCCUUCAGCAGCAGCAGCAGCCGCGUCGACAAGAACAAGCGUCGCCUGGGCUUUCAAAGAUCAUGCAGCCGCAGUCGAUCAAGAAGCGACCGCCCCCGAGUGCCCUUGAUCUUUCCUCGCGACCACGGCAGCCUGGCGUCACCAUUGUCGAGCCACCGCCGCCCAAGCGGAUGCGCCCAACACCGGCGCCACUGGAGGUUCCAGUGCCACCGGUACGUCCACAGUGUCCUACUCCGGCGAUGCCACAACGACAGGCUAGUCCAAGGGGGACACCACAAGAACGUCCUCGUAUAUCACCUCGCUCGCAGCCGGUCGCACCUUCUCCACGGCCCGCGGCUGAAGCGCCAACCAGCGUCAUGGACGAGGACGACGAUUUGGUGAACUCGUUGGAGGCUCUUCUGGAAAGCCCGCGAGGGGAGGACACCGGCAUGAUCCAAGAAGAAGCCGUCAACAACGACAAGCUCGCGACAUUGGCCGAGCCUGAAAUGGCGUCGGAGGGGGGCCACCCCAUCAUCCGAGAAGAAGCCAGCAACGACGAAGACGACGACGAGAUCAUGAGUUGGGCGGACGGGUUGGAUGAGGAGCUCGAGAGAUUGUCAGAACCUGAAAUGGCAUCGGACGGGGGCCAAGCCAUGAUACAAGAAGGAGCCGGCACGAGAUUGAUGGAGGCUGAGCUCGAAGAGGUGCCAGCAGUGAAGGAACACGGAGGCAAGAUCCAAGAAGAAGGCCAGGAUCAUCAUCAGCAUGCGAGCUCACUGGAAGGCUUUGUGGCUGAUGAGAGAGGAGACGACGUGAUAGCACAGGAUGCGUGGGAUACGCUCGGCAACGACUUCGACGGAGCUGGAGACAUCGAUUACUCCCUGCCUCUUUCAGCCUACGAUAUCCAAUUCUAG